CAUAAGCAUGAAUGACACUUCAGUUGAAACAAGCCUUGAAAUAAAGUAGACAUCGAAAUUGAACGUCAAAAAGAAAAUUGAUUUCCUUUAUAUGAACUAUUUGUUGUUGACCAGCCUCUAACUGAAGUACUCAAAAAAAGGUCUAGAUUCGAUAUGGACGUAUCCAUGAAACUUCUCAAGAUCAAUUAUUAUGGUUCAUCUGGCAAAUGCAACAAAAUAUCCAGAAGACGAAGGAAACUGAAGAAAUGCGUUUGUGUUCUGCCACAAACCGGUGAAUUAGAAUUCCCCAGAGUUUGGGAAGAAUUGAGAAAUAAUAAUCAGUUGUGCGAUGGUAUCGUUCGAUGUGCGAGUGGCAAGGAAUUCCGGAUUCACAGGGCCAUAUUGUCUGCUGUGAGUCCAUAUUUUAAGGCUCUUUUCACGAACUCCAUAAACAGGGACAAAGAGGAGAAUACUCAGGCAAAUACCACAAUUCCUACUGCAAUACUAGAAACCCUCUUGGAUUUUGCAUAUUCUGGAAAGUGUAACAUCAACGAACAGAAUGUAGAAAGCCUGCUGCGAUUCGCUGAUCAAUAUGAAAUUCUCGGUGUUGUACAAUUAUGUUGUAAAUUUUUAUUAGAUGAGAUGUGUCCUGCAAACUGCUUGGGAAUUCUUCAUUUCGCCGGUCAGUACUUCUGUACAAAACUAAUGGAGCGCGGGAAAUCUUACGUUCGGCAUCACUUCGUGGAUUUACUGUCAGAAAGUUGCGAGUUUGUCAAUCUCACCAUUUCGGAACUGUCGGAAAUUCUCAAGGACGACGAACUGAAUAUCAAAUCGGAGGAAAUAGUUUUUGACGCCAUAAAGAAAUGGGUUAACUUCAUGCCAAUGAAGAGAAGGGUACAUCUGUUGGAGCUACUGAAGUGUAUGAGGUUACAUAAUUUGGAGAUGAAGCAAAUUUCUAAAAUGUCUAAGUGGUCGUUGAUACAGAAAGAUCCGGAAUGCAAACAGUACAUGACCGAGGCUCAACAGCUGAUUCAUCAGUAUUUGAUGGAAGAAACGACGACCAGUUGUGACAAUUAUUCUUUUCGGCCUAGGAUACCAUACGAAAUACUAUUCGCGAUAGGAGGUUGGAGCGCAGGCAGUCCCACGAAUUUUAUCGAAAUCUACGACAUAAGGGCUGAUAGAUGGUUACUCUCGACCGAUACGGAUUCGGUUCCGAGGGCGUAUCAUGGACUAUGUUCGUUGAGAGGGCUGAUAUACAUGGUCGGCGGAUUCGAUGGAAACGAGUACUUCAACACGAUGAGGUGUUUUAAUCCAGUAACGCACGAAUGGAGCGAAUGUGCUUGUAUGUAUUAUCCCAGGUGUUACGUCAGUGUUGUUAUGCAUGAUGAAAGGAUAUACGCUUUAGGAGGAUAUAAUGGUAGAGUUAGGAUGAACACGGUAGAGAGGUACAGCCCGGACAAAAACCAAUGGGAGUUGAUACCCUCUAUGCUGAAGCAAAGAUCGGAUGCUAGUGCUGCUGUACUUAAUUCUAAGAUCUAUAUUGUUGGUGGUUUCAAUGGCCAAGAAGUGAUGUGUUCUGCAGAAAUGUUCGAUAUCUCUACGAGUCAAUGGUCAUAUAUACCCCACAUGUCUUCAGCAAGAUCGGGAGUUAGUCUGGUGGCCUUCAAAAAUGCUCUUUACGCUAUAGGUGGAUUUAACGGUUAUACAAGGCUAACGACAGGGGAAAAAUUCAUGCCAGAAUCUGAUACAAGAUGGACUGAAAUCACGGAAAUGAUGACACCAAGAAGUAAUUUCGCAACAAUCACCAUGGAUGACUUCAUUUAUAUAAUUGGAGGUUUUAAUGAUCUCUUGCUGUCAGGUUCAACAACGAUAAAUUACGUUGAGUAUUAUGAUCCGGAGAGCAACGAGUGGCUGGACGCCUCUUCCAUGAACUUGAACCGUUCCGCGCUGAGCGUCUGCGUGGUCAGCGGUCUACCCAAUUCCCGAGAAUACUCCUUUUUGGGACGGCUGAGUAACGGAGACACAGAAAAGGACACCAAAUUGCAAGAUAGAUGAAGAGAGCCAGAUAUAUGGACGCAGCUGAUCACCUUGGUCAGCUAACGUCUUUAGCAUUUUUAUCGUUUUAACUUGUGCCCUUCUGGUCUACGUCUUUUAUCUAUACAUACCUACUGUGUACUAUUUUUUAAUAAAAAGAUUGUCGGUUUUCGACAACUGGAAUC